AUGGCAACAGCAAAUAACAAAGCACAAUGUUUUGUGUGUAAUAAAGAAAAAAACACAUACAGUUGUAGAGGAUGUUCAAAUGAAUUCUGUUUUACUCAUUUAACUGAACAUCGACAAAGAAUCGAGACACAAUUAGAAGAAAUUAUUAAUGAUCACGAUCAAUUUCAACAAACAAUUAUUCAACAAAAACAAAAUCCACUAGAUUCAUCUUUAAUUCAACAAAUUAAUCAAUGGGAAGCAAAUUCGAUUGAGAAAAUUCAACAGACAGCACAACAAUGUCGAGAAACACUGGUGAAAUCAACACAAAAGUCGAUCGAUGAUGUGGAAAAAAAGUUUAUUGAACUAUCUCAGAAAUUAAAAGAAAUUCGUCAAGAAAACGAAUUUAAUGAAAUUGAUUUAAAUAAUUUUCACUCAAAAUUAACACAAAUAACGAAAGAAUUUCUUCAAUCAUCAAACAUUUCUAUUCGACAAGAUUCACAAGAAUUUAUCAAGAAAAUUUCAGUUACUUCAUCAUUUGAUUCUUAUCAAUCAAAUCAUUCUACAAUUAAUGCAGCGACUAUAUCGAAGACUCCAAUAACAACUCAAUCUCAAGUAAAACAAAAACAAAUUCAAACAAAAAAGAAUAAAUUUCAACAAUUUGCAAUUACUGUUGCUGGAGGAAAUGGACGAGGACAGGAAUCAUAUCAACUCAAUUAUCCUUAUGGGAUCUUUAUUGAUAAUGAUAAAUCAACUUAUAUUGCUGAUUUUUGGAAUCAUCGUAUUGUCAAAUGGAAAUUGAAUUCAAAUCAAGGUCAAAUCAUUGUAGAUGGAAAUGGAAAUACUGGAUUGAAUAGGCCAACAGACAUAGCUUUUGAUAAAGAAAAUAAUUCUUUUAUUAUUUCUGAUGGCGGAAACAGCCGAGUCAUCCAGUAUUUUGAUCAAAAUCAAACAAAUCAACAAAUUCUUAUUUCAAAUAUUAAAUGUUAUGGUAUGACAAUCGAUAGAAAUGGAUUUAUUUAUGCUUCUGACUAUUACAAUCAUGAAGUAAGACGAUGGAAACAAGGAGAUGAAAAAGGUGAAUUAGUUGCAGGUGGAAAUGGUCCAGGAAAUCAUCUUAACCAACUCAAUCGUCCUAGUUAUAUCUUUAUUGAUGAAGAUUAUUCUCUUUAUAUAUCCGAUUGUGAGAAUCAUCGUGUAAUGAAAUGGAAAAAAGAUGCAAAAGAAGGAAUUAUCGUUGCUGGUGGAAAUGGUAAAGGAUAUAGUCUCAAACAAUUUUGUUAUCCUUAUGGAGUGGUUGUUGAUCAUUUGGGUCAAAUCUAUGUGGCAGAUCAUGAUAAUCAUCGAGUAAUGCGUUGGAGUGAGGGAAAAGAAGAAGGUGAAGUUGUUGUUGGCGGAAAUGGUCAAGGAAAUCAAUCAAAUCAAUUGAAUUUACCCAAAGGUUUAUCAUUUGAUGAUGAAGAAAAUCUUUAUGUUGUUGAUUGUUAACCACAAUCAGCAUUAACAAGAAAAAAAGCAACAACAACAGUAUUAUCACAGCCAACACUUGAGAAGCUACCUAAACCUAACUACCAAAAUAUGGAAUAUAAAAAACUUCUUCUUGGCAGAAACGAAGAAGAUAUUGAGAUGGCUGCAGAACGUGUAACUGCGCAUAAUGCAUCAUCAGAAUACAAAUCUGAACUCGAGAAUAAAAACAAUAUUAGAAAACCUACUCGUCCACAAAGAGGAUCGAAAUUUGGUUUUUGUUUUUCAAUUAUCGUUGCUGUUCUUAUCCUAAUAACGAUCAUUAGUAUUACAAUAUGGGUUAUGUUCAUUAAAAAGGCCGAAACAACAAAUAAUACAACUACAGCAACAAUUGAUGCAUCGGUAACAAAAACAACAACCUCUACAACGUCGAUAAUACAAACAACAAUGCGUACAACGUCGACAACAGAAACUACAAUCUCUACAACGUCGACAAAUUCUCAUACAACAACUAUGAAUGUACCAAUAUUUGAGAAAUGGAAACAAAAUGCUAUCACUGUAGCUGGUGGAAAUGGACAAGGACAAAAGUUAAAUCAACUCAGUCGCCCAGACGGAAUCUUUUUUGAUAAAAAUAAAAAUAUUUUCAUUGCUGAUUCUUUAAAUCAUCGUAUUGUUGCAUGGAAAUAUAAUGCAAAACAAGGACAAAUUAUUGCAGGUGGAAAUGGUCAAGGAAAUAGAAUGGAUCAAUUUAAUCUUCCAGUAGAUUUGAUUGUUGAUCAACAAACUUACUCGAUCAUCAUUGCUGAUUUCUAUAACAAACGAGUGAUUCAAUGGCUGAAUCAAAAGCAACAUAUUCUCAUUGACAAUAUUGGAUGUAAUGGCUUGGCAAUGGAUAAACAUGGAUUUCUUUAUGUUUCUGAUACUGAGAAGAAUGAAGUGAGACGAUGGAAAAUGGGUGUAUACAAUGACGGAAUUGUGGUGGCAGGUGGAAAUGGAAAAGGAAAUCAACUCAAUCAACUCAAUUGGCCUACUUAUAUCUUUGUUGAUGACGAUCAAUCUGUUUAUGUAUCAGAUCAAAACAACCAUCGUGUGAUGAAAUGGAGCAAAAAUGCUAAAGAAGGAACAAUUGUAGCUGGAGGAAAUGGGAAAGGAGCAAACCUCAAUCAAUUGUAUCUUCCUCAAGGAGUAAUUGUUGAUCUUUUGGGUCAAAUCUAUGUGGCUGAUCAAUCGAAUCAUCGAGUAAUGCGUUGGCGUGAAGGAAAAGAAGAAGGUGAAAUUGUUGUUGGUGGAAAUGAUGGAGGAAGUGAAUCAAAUCAGUUGAAUGAUCCCACAGGUUUAUCUUUUGAUGAUGAAAGAAAUCUUUAUAUUGCUGAUUGGCGAAAUCAUCGAAUUCAAAAGUAUGAAAUAAUAUUGUGA